GUGUGAUCAGUUUCAGCCGCGUAGUGGGACUCAGCGAGACCUGAUGCACAAAUCAAGGCGACGCGCAGCGGACAUGAAGCCGGAUUGGCUCUGAUUUUUAAAAGCCCUUUCAUUCAACAGGCUGACCAUUAUCAACAUGGCAGAACCGUCGGUUCCAGUACCCCCUCAAAAAAUGGCGUCACUUAGCCGGGUCCGAGCCUUUACUCUGAUUUUCUUAACUGCAAGCAGUUAUUUAAUUACUCCCACAAGUGGCAAGGAAGGAGGGGGAGAGGAGACGGUCAUCAUCGGGCUGAGACUGGAGGACACGGACGACAUUUCCUUCAUGGACAGGGGCUAUUUGCGGGUCAGUGAGAGGUCUCGGGUGAGACUGAGGGUGUUCGGGCAAAACAUUAACAACGAGACGUGGUCCAAAAUCGCCUUUACGGAACACGAGAGGAGUCGAGUGAUUGGCAACAUCGACAGCUCCUCAGGGGACAACAAAAGUCAGGAGGACACGUCGGGCUUGCAUCCCUGUGGCAUCAGGACUUCGGAUAUUCUCAUCUUGCCCAACAUCAUUUUAAAUCGCAAGACGUCUGGUAUCGUGGAAAUCGAGGUCAAGCCUCUGCGAAAGACUGAGAGGAGCAAAGCGUACUACCUGUGCAUCGCCACUUCCACACCUGCCGUGGCUGGCGCGCACGACCCGUGGACGGAGCACACGUGGAUCUAUCACGAUGGAGAAGACACCAAAGUGAUCGUGGUGGAGGAGAAAAGGUUUCUGCUCCCUUUCUGGCUCCAGGUCAUCUUCAUUUCAAUGUUGCUCUGCCUCUCGGGCAUGUUCAGCGGCUUGAACUUGGGUCUGAUGGCGCUGGAUCCCAUGGAGCUGCAGAUCGUCCAGAACUGCGGGACGGAGAAGGAGAAGAACUACGCCAGGAAGAUCGAACCCGUCAGGAGCCAAGGGAACUACCUGCUUUGCUCGCUUCUUCUGGGGAAUGUUCUGGUCAACACCACCUUGACCAUUCUGUUGGAUGAUAUUGCCGGUUCUGGAUUGAUAGCUGUAGUGAUGUCCACCAUUGGCAUUGUCAUAUUUGGAGAGAUUGUGCCUCAAGCGAUAUGUUCACGACACGGUCUUGCUGUGGGUGCGAAUACAAUCUUCUUGACCAAAUUCUUCAUGCUGCUCACUUUCCCUGCGUCCUAUCCGGUAAGUAAACUGCUCGAUUAUCUCCUUGGACAGGAGAUUGGCACGGUGUACAACCGAGAGAAGCUCUUGGAGAUGUUGAGGGUCACAGAUCCCUAUAAUGACUUGGUGAAAGAGGAGCUGAACAUCAUUCAGGGCGCACUGGAGCUCAGGACUAAGACCGUGGAAGAUGUGAUGACCCCGUUGCGCGAUUGCUUCAUGAUCACCGGCGACGCCACGCUCGAUUUCAACAGCAUGAGCGAGAUCAUGGAGAGCGGCUAUACGCGCAUUCCGGUAUUCGAGGGCGACAGGUCCAACAUCGUGGACCUGCUGUUCGUGAAGGACCUUGCGUUUGUGGAUCCCGACGACUGUACCCCGCUGAAGACGAUAACGAAGUUCUACAGCCAUCCCUUACAUUUCGUCUUCAAUGACACUAAACUCGACGCAAUGCUGGAGGAGUUCAAGAAAGGUAAAUCUCACCUGGCAAUAGUCCAGCGGGUUAACAACGAAGGAGAAGGCGACCCAUUCUAUGAAGUGCUUGGCAUUGUCACCCUGGAGGACGUCAUUGAAGAAAUCAUCAAGUCUGAAAUCCUGGAUGAGACAGACUUAUAUACCGAUAACAAAACAAAAAAGAAAAUCACCCAUCGAGAGAGGAAGCAGGAUUUUUCGGCUUUCAAGCACAUGGACAAUGAAAUGAAGGUUAAAAUAUCACCUCAGCUUCUACUGGCUACUCUGCGUUUCCUAGCAACAGAAGUAGAAGCAUUUAGUCCAAGCCAGAUGUCUGAAAAAAUCCUUCUCCGUCUCCUCAAGCACCCCAACGUCAUCCAGGAGCUCAAAUAUAAUGAGAAGAAUAAGAAGGCCAUCGAACAUUACCUCUUUCACCGCAACAAGCCCGUGGACUAUUUCAUCCUCAUUCUGCAGGGGAAGGUGGAGGUGGAGGCAGGGAAGGAGGGAAUGAAGUUUGAAGCUGGGGCUUUCUCCUCGUAUGGGAUGAUGGCUCUCACCGCUACUCCAGGUAAGCACAACUAA